UUUCCUCCAAUCUCUCCUCUUGUUACCAUGUGCAUGUCUGUAUCUUCUUGUUUCCUGGCUCUCCUGUCUCAUCUCACCGGUCUGCAGAUGUUUGUUCCACCGCCAUAAUUCAUAUAUUCACUGUCUAACCUUCAUUCCCUGUUACUCUGCCUGUCUGCUCAUCCUCUCUGCAAAUCCAUCUCAUAUCUGCGUGUUCAUACAGAAAUAUAUCACACCAUCUCCAUCCUCCUGCCCUCCAUAUUACUGCCCUCUGUGUUCCCUCCAUCUCCCCCUCUCCCAGGCUCAGUGCCCGGCUGCGGUGUCCCGGCUGCUGCAGCAUGGAGGAUGUGGAUGGUCAGAGCACAGGCAGAGCCCAGCAGAUGACAGGAUCCAGUCCUGUCUCUGGAACUUCCGUCCGCUGGCUUCCUCAACCCCUUACCAGAAGAAACCAUGCCUACCCUAGAGAGCUGAUGAAUGGUGAGCAUUCAGAAGAUGAAGAGCCACCUGAUCUGGAGUCAGAAUCUGGGGAUGUUCCAAGUGGUUCAGAAAGUGGCCCGAGCAGCAUGCUCUUAGAGAGUCAGGAUUUAAGGACGCAGAUCAUCCAACUGCUGACAGAGCUAGAGGAGACUCGGGAAUUGGCACUGAAACAUGAAGACAGCUUUCUGGAGAUGCAGGGUAUUCUGGAGGAAGAAAGAUUGGCCAGUGCCCAGCAAGCAGAGAUCUUUACCAAGCAAAUUCAUCGGCUACAAGCUCAGCUACGCUCUGUACAGGAAGAAGUGGACAGUCUGGAGCAGGAGAAGGAUUGUGAGCUGCUGGAGGUGUCUCAGGAGUUACGCUGUGCUCAGGAGGAAAUCAUGGCUCUGCGGCAGUCAGCAGAGGAGGCAGCAGCUGAGAGGGAAAGUGACAUUGCGUCUUUGCAGGAAGAGCUGUGUCGGCUGCGAGCAGAGCUGCAUGAGCUGCAGGAGACAAGACAGGAAUAUGAGAUGGAAAUCACCUCUCUGAGAGCUGAGAUCAGCAUGAAGAGCUGUACCGGGCACGCAGGUCAGGAACCAGCAUUAAUCCACGGAGAGCUGCAGUUCCUGCGGGACCAGUGCCAGCACCUCCAGAUGGAACGCAGCAUACUGCAGGAAAGUAACAGCCAGCUGAAGAGUCAUCUCCUGAUGCUGGGAGGAGACAGAGAAGUGGACACAGAUCAUGAGGAUGGAGUGUCUGAGGCACAGCCAGAGCAAACAGAAGAGAAUGAAAGCCUGACGGAGAACACAAUUCCACAGUAUGAUCCUGAAAAUGCCAUUGUAAUGAGUGGAAUUAUAGAGAGUGAAAGUAUGACAGAACCUGAGACACAGAAGAGGAACCGUGAUGAGGAUAGGCAAAAACUGCACCAACAGCUACAGAGUGCAGAAGAGAAAAUUCAGAGAGCACAGAGUGAGUGUGCUGGGUUACUCUCUGAGAUUGAGGAGCUGCAGCAACGUCAUCAAAUCAGUCACGAGGAGCAGGAGAAGUUGCAGGAGGAGCUGAGGCUGUGCAGAGAGGAGAUUCACAGGCUGAAGGAAAGUGGCUUGCAGGCCACUCUAUGGAAUCCUCUCGUCCUUCUGGCUGUAGCUGCGGCUGUUGUACUACUGUGUCCAAGUCUAAGGAGAGGCCCCAACUGACUCCGGACAAUUGCAGCACAGCACUUAUACACAAUUUAAUACAGUGUACUAUAGCUUUGCAAUGAUAAUUGUACAUUACCAAACAUUACAACACCACACCUGACCCCACCUAGACACAACACACUGUGACUUUACAACUCACACUACAUAUACUGACUAUAAAACUAAAUGCAGCACAGUAUUUCUACUGAACCUACAGCAUAUAUUUUAUAUAUAAUGCUUUUUCAGUCUAUACCCAGUGUGGCAAACAAAACUGCACAGUCUAUAGAAUCAAUCAUAGAACCCUAUGCCUCAAAAGAUGUCCAACUGGUUUAAAUGAUAUGCACACUACAUUCAUGCAGUGUACGGAAUUGUGCUGCAACAUAAGCUACCAUACUUUUACCAUGUGUCUCUGUAAAAGUGUGAUCAUUCUAUUUACAGAGAUGAAAAUCCUUCCGAUCCCUCUUUAUCUGUCUAGUUUCUGAGGUACCUCUUGUGUGCCCUAGGUGCUGUUUCCUCGUUGUUUCAAGUUCUCGCACAUUUUAGCACAUUGAUUAUUUCUGCGGUGCAAUAUAAUUAACCACAAUGUGCGACAGUAGCCCAACAUCAGGGGUUUCAGGUAAAAUGUGCAUUGUACCGCUGUUACAAUUGUUCUCAUGCGGUUUUGACAGCUCUUUAUUCACAUCAUAUUUAUUGAACUGACUCCAUGGGGUGCUGAGGGUAUGGUGGGGAUAAAUAUACUGGGGCCCAGCUUACGUGGGGGCCCAUGCCUAUAAAAGUUAUGCUCCCAACAUUGUUUGAUUCCACCUCCUUCAGCACUAAACCUCCACAAAUGGGCCAGAAAAUCACAAUGUGGUGUGGGCAGGCCUGCUUCAUGCCAGGACCCAGCAUUCCUCUUGACGGCAAUGCUUGGCAUGCCUUUCAUUGGCACAUUCUCACACACUCAUGAGUCCAGUGGGCAGCACUAAGCCUUCAUUUAUUUUACUAUUUUGUAGUUUACUUAAUUGAGAUAUUCUCUGAAUCAUUAUUUUUAGUUUUACAGAUACCAGUAUCUGAGCGGUAUCCGGACUCCAAGUCGACACCAAAAAGGUCGAGACACCUUAGGUCCACACCAAUUGGUCAACACACCUUAGGUCAACACCUGGAAUAGGUCAACAUAGACAAAAGGUUGACAUGAACAAUGUCAACAUGGAAAAAGAUCGACAUGAGUUUAAAAAAAAAAAUCUUCAUUUUUUUAACUUUUUCAUACUUUACGAUCCACGUGGACUACAAUUGGGAAUGGUAACCUGUGCCGAGCGCAGCGAGGCACCUUGCCCAAAGUGCAAAACAUGCGAGGGGACGCGGUGCACUAAUUGGGGUACCCGGUCACUCUACGAAGAAAAUGACACCAAAAACCCAUAAAAAACUCAUGUCGACCUUUUUCCAUGUCGAGCUUUUGUCCAUGGCGACCUAUUUCAGGAGUCGACUUAAGGUGUGUCGACCUAAGUUGUGUUGACCUUUUUGGUGUCGACCUGGAGUCCCAUACCAGUUUGAGCUAUGUGGUGCUAAGCUUUAUCUGUAUAUGACUCAAUACCUGCAGCUCUAGACUAUCAGUUUAAGCGAUGCUACUUCUAUAGAAGGUAUGCAAUACUUUACUCACCCUUUUUAAUACGUUAUUCUUCCUGCUUUUAUCUUUCAAGAUUACUGCAAAUCCACCACACAUUCCUUUAAAUGGUUGGCAAAUUUCAUGGGUAGUUUAUAUAGCAUACACUACAGCCAUUUAAUAAAUAGCAGCCAUGCCUGAAGCACAUUCAGAAAUGACAGUUCAGCAUCCAGUUAAUGUGUUUAUCAUUCCAAGAGCUGGUAAAGCAUUUUGCAUUUGGCUGAUGGAUUGGAAAAUGACCUGUUCCACCACAAAAUGCAAUUCCACUGCCAUUGCCUUAUCUCUACCUAAUAUCAAUCCUAUAUAAUGAAAGGCUAAUGCUGCUUCUCACCUCUAUGGUGGGGAAUUCAGGUGUUUGCAUGCCGGCGGCCACUAGAUGGCGCCCAACGGAGCUAUUUGAAGUGUUGCUCCGUUAGACAACUAGUGUUCAUAUAAGAAGUAAUAUGAUAAUAGUUGAUGACUUUGCACUCAACACCUCUCAUUUAUACAGGCAGGCAUUUGUUAUAUGAUUCUCAUGUAAUUAUUCUCAAUACAGUCAUACCAAUCUUAUCACGAUAGGAGGUCUGUACACUUUAUUGCAUUACAGUAUACACUCAGUAUAUAGUUAUUAACAUUUUAAUGGAUUACAGAUCUAGAUCAACUACUUAUGUGCAGUUUUUUCUGGGUCCUCCCAUACUUAUUGGUAAUCUAAAGCCAUAAUUGGUGCUUCCAAUGAAAAAAAAAAAAUAAGGUUUGCCAACGAUAUUCAGGCAAAAAUAUAUAUAUAAUAAUUAUAUAUAUACCUAUAUAUAUAAUCUGUUGAUCCGUAGUGACCGGCACUCGUGAUAGAGACGGUAGCUGCCUGGGUACCCUGAAAGGAGGGUGUCGGACGCGUCUUGUGAGUGCUGCCCGACUACCUCCUUACAGUAUAUAUAUAUAUAUAUAUACAUAUAUAUACAAACAGCACUCACCAUAGCAAGCUCACUUGUCCUCAACACAUUA